UUGAUAUACACAUAACAUUGUCCUGCUCAAGCAUUUGGUUACAAGUAGAGAUGCAGGCAACAAAUAUAAAUUCCCCAGUCCUACAGGAUCAUCUCCCACCCUCUCCAGCGUCAUUCAAGGCUGCAGGCAAAUCCCUGUGAAGGAGGUGGGAGCUUGAGUAUCCUCUGCUUUAUUCUAGCAUCCCCCAGCACACAAUAUAAGAUGACAGACUGUGCUAUGGCUGGCAAUGCUGUUUGGCUGUAUGGGAUCUUGUGCAGCCAAUGGGCAGAACGAGGAGACAGAAAAUAGAUGCAAUGUUGCUGGCUCUUAACUUGCAGAAUGAAAGUUUCUUGCUCAAUGUCAGCCACGGGGAGAGUCAAGACUCUUUGCCUCCUGGUCUGAGCCGGACAGCACACAGUAUAGUGGCAGUCUGCCUGGGCUGUAUCUUGGUACUUGGAUCUCUGUACAACUCUUUUGUACUUCUCAUAUUCGUCAAGUUUACAGCAAUCAGGACCCCAAUAAACAUGAUCCUGCUGAACAUCAGCAUCAGUGACCUAUUGGUCUGCAUAUUUGGGACUCCUUUCAGCUUUGUUUCCAGUGUGUCUGGGAGCUGGCUGCUGGGACAGCAGGGGUGCAAGUGGUAUGGAUUCUGCAAUUCCCUUUUUGGAUUGGUGUCCAUGGUUUCUCUUUCCAUGCUCUCCUAUGAGCGAUACCUUACGGUGUUGAGAUGCACGAAAGCGGACAUGACCGAUUACAAGAAGUCUUGGCUUUGUAUAAUUGUGUCGUGGCUUUACUCCCUGUGUUGGACCUUGCCACCUCUCUUUGGCUGGAGCAGUUAUGGCCUAGAAAGCUCAGGCACCACCUGUUCAGUUGUAUGGCAUUCAAAAUCAUCCAAUGGCAUAUCCUACAUAGUGUGCCUUUUUCUCUUUUGUUUGGUUCUGCCCCUGCUCGUCAUGAUGUUUUGCUAUGGACACAUUGUCAGAGUGAUACGAGGGCAGGUCUGUAGGAUCAACAUGACUACAGCUCAGAAGAGGGAACACCGCUUACUUUUUAUGGUGGUCUGCAUGGUCACCUGCUAUCUGCUGUGCUGGAUGCCCUAUGGUUUAGUCUCUUUGAUGACAGCAUUCGGGAAACCUGGAAUGAUCACACCAACAGUUAGCAUUAUACCCUCCAUUUUAGCCAAGAGCAGCACCUUUAUUAACCCAUUAAUUUACAUCUUCAUGAACAAACAGUUUUACAGAUGUUUUAUAGCAUUAAUCAAAUGUGAAUCGGGCCCUCACCACACUGAGACUUUCUCUACUUCUCGACAAAGCAGGGAGAUACGGUUGGAAACGAGGUGCAAAGUUCAGAGCAGAAUCUUUUAUAGACACAAAGCCAGAAGGACAAAGGACACAACAUCUUCACCAGAAAUGCAAAGGAAAUUGACUCUAACAGUACAUUACAGGGAUGAUAGAUGAGUUUUAAUGUCAGACCUCCUGCUAGAUAAUUACAGUACUGCUGUGUAAAUUACAAGAAAGACAUCGGCAAUUUAAAAUAUAAGGAUAAAACAGGCUCUCAUUUAAUGAAUCAACCGUCUUUGAUAAUAACAGUAAUAACCAAGAUCAAAAUAGUGUUCCAUAUAUCCCACAAUCCUAUAAUUCUGUGAGUUAUAGUCAACGCAUUUUUCUCUAAGAGGAGAAAAACUGUACUUGUAUCUCUCAGCCUGACAGCAAUUAGCAGAUAUUAUGUAUGUCACUCUUAACAUAAAUUCAGAGUAAACUACAAAAUCAAUUUCUAAUCUCUCCACCCCUACCCACGCGCAAGGUUCCGAAUUCUUAUAUAUUGACCUUAAGAAUGUUUCAGCUUGACUGAUCUGUAUCUAUCACAUUUGCUGGGCACCAGUGAAUCUGUCUCUAUGUCGGGUAGACAAACUGUCAAUAAGAGGCAAAAAACGUUCAAUUACCGGUGAAAUUCUGCUGUGACAGGAGUUUGUCAACCAAGGAGAUUCAGUAGUUCCCAGCUUUCAGUUUCCUUAUUGUAUAAAAGUACAUAUGUAUGAGUAACGUGCAUACAUACAGCUUUUGUGAAUAGAGAGCCUCAAAGGAAACCUUUGUGUGAAUAUGUGUUACUAUUGACUGUUUUACCCAGGGCAAGGUGAGUGCUACAAUAAUAACUAAAUAUAGUCAAAUAAAUUAGGAAGCUUUGUAGAAUUGCGCUGCAUUCUGAAGUGGCACACAAGGUGGACCAUGUCUUAUAAGACAACCUUGCUAAUCAUAAGGAACAUCUGCACACAAUAAUGAGCUCAUGUAUAAACACUGGACAAAUUUCCACUCGGGCAAUGCCCAGGCUGGGGAUCCAGGCAAAUAUUAAGUAAGCUCCUUUGGUUCUUCAUAAAACCUGUGGGUGCAGAUACUGCCUGCCAUAGGUUGAUGACUAUUACAGUGUACCCAAGAAAGCUAUUGGAGGAACACAUGAAUGCCUACAUAUAUAUUUAUAUGUAUGUAUUUCAGACAUGGCAUUUUCAUCGGAGGCAACAUUAAUGG